UUUUUUUUGAAUCCAAGUACAAAACUUUCUUAUCCUUUUUAUAUAUAUAUUUUAUUAUUUUAUUUUUAUUUUCAAUAUGCUCUUUGUAUCUCAAUAAUGAGUAGUGUUCCCAUUAUUUCCAACUCCACUCUACCACAACAAACGUCAUCCACUCUAAAACGUAUUGUCAAGGCUCAACUUGGUUUACUACUUUCCAACAAUAAAGAUAAUUAUAACAACAUCUCAACUGAACUCAAUAAUAUAGUUGGAACUCACGACAACGUUAUUCCGGAACUCUUAUUACAACAUCUUUUAUCGGAACGUUACAAACAACAAACUAUUUUGGACGACAAAAGCUUGAAAUUGAUCAAUUGUCUUUUGAAAGAUACCAUCAAAGUUACGCAACAUAACACGAAGCUCUCUUCACUUAUUAGCUUUGGUGAAGCUUUACAUCAAUAUAUCUGUCAAUCCGAUACUACUUCAAAUUCCAAUCUUUUUGACUUGUCUGAUUUAUUAGAACAACUUGAAUUCGAUCAUUUUGACAAACUUGUUAUAUCAUCUCAUAUCACUACUACUUGUUUAAAACAACAUAUUGUUCUUCAAGCAAAAGAAAUCGCAACUGAAAACUUCAAAUCUGGUGUACAUAUUCUCUCUGAUUUACAAUCCGUACCACAAACUGCUCUCUUGUGGAUUUUUGAUUUGAUUAAAUAUACUAUCAACAACAAAGAUUUUACUAUUCUAUCCUCUACUGAAGAUAUCCAAAUUUAUUCUACUGCUCUCUCACGACAUCUAUCUGACAAGUCCAUUUGUAAAGAAAUCAAUCAUUAUUUAUACAACAUGUCUGAAAACAACAAUAAUAACAACAAUGUCGACGCUGGUGAAGGAUUACUUAGCAAAAUUAUACUUGAAGCUGGUUACGAAUGCUGCGCGUCUACUCAAUCAGUCGAAGAAAUACUUGGAAAAGUCAACAAAAAAUUCACUGAAAAAGAUAUAGCUGAAUGUCUAGGAUGUAUGGCACGCACUUAUACAAAUAUGACUGGAGUCGGUGGUGGUUCUCCAAAUGGCUCAAACUGGGGUGUCGAAAACUUUGUAUCAGUUGUGAAGGAAACGGCCCCUGAUCUCGAUUGGUACAAAGUAGUUGAAAAUUUUGAUUACGAACACUUUUUUGUUUACGAUGCCAAAGGUCUCGAUAUUCUUGUUCGUGCCUGGAAGAAAUAUUCAGAGAAGGAAACUUUCCCUGCAAACAAAUUUUUCGGUCAAUGGAAGAAUUUAAAAGGUCAACUCAGUGCUUUAUACCAAAUGGCGAACGUAUCCACUGACGUUCUUAGUCUAGUUGAUUGCUCAAGACGUAAAGUGAUUGAUUUGGAUGAUUUCAAGGCUUCAAAUCAGAACAUUCGUACUAUGGCUGCUCAACUGGCAAAUACUCAACUCAACUCAUUGGAUCUCAUUGAAUGUGUUAUCAAUUUGGCUGAUACUGCUGUUGCUGAUGAUGUUUCGGUAUUCCUUGAAAUGAUGACUCACAAAUCCCCUGAAUUGGUAUUCGUUGGUCUUAUUCAGAUACAGCCCAUCAAAUCUGCUUUACACAAAGAUUUACUUCGGCGACUAUUGUUAAUGUAUCUAAAUGGAAAUCCUGGUAGUGGUUUUGUACUUACACGACUUUGGCAAAUCAAUCCUGAUUUUCUGGCGAAAAGUUUAUUGGAACUCUAUAGCAAAGAUGCUACAACAUUGACUCGUAUUUUGGAUGUGACGCAUGAACUCAAGAUUCUUCCUCAAAUGUUGGAUACACAACCUAGUAUCUUUGCAAUCGAUUUGGCAGCAUUAGCUUCACGAAGGGAAUAUCUUAAUUUGGAAAAAUGGUUGCAAGAUAAAAUCGUUGAGUUCAAGGACAGCUUCAUUCGAUCAUGUUUGGAAUUCUUGGCUCAAAAAAUAUCAUCAGAAAUGUCACGUCAAGAAACCAAUGCGCCACCAACAACUAUACCAUUAUCAUUGGAAAGCAUGGCAACGUUUUUGAAGGUUUUAUCAGAAAGUCCCAUGACUCAAGAAAAUGCGGAAAUGCUCAAGGAAGUUCAAAGUGUUUGCUUACAGACUUAUCCCAAGCUCAUGAAUAUUCGAACUCAAGCCGAACCUGGAUCAACUGGUAGCGAAGUCUCAUUCAAACCAGAUGUAGAAGAUGAAGCCAAUUCUUAUUACGAACGGAUUUAUAAUGGUGAAAUGACUAUUGAUGAAAUGAUUGAACGACUCAAAACUUUUAGCAAAUCAAAGAACCCCAACGAACAAGAUAUAUUUGCCUGUAUGAUUCACAAUCUAUUCGAUGAAUAUCAUUUCUUCCCCAAAUAUCCAGACAAGGAAUUGGCAAUUACAAGUAUUUUAUUUGGUUCUUUAAUUCAGCAUCAAUUGGUUUCUUACGUACCUUUGGGUAUUGCUCUUCGAUGUGUCCUGGAUUCUUUACGAAAUCCUCCUGGUAGCAAGAUGUAUAAUUUUGGUACUCAAGCUUUGGCUCAAUUCCAACAACGUCUUUCUGAAUGGCCUCAAUAUUGUGCUCAUUUAUUACAAAUCCCUCAUUUACAACAUUCAAAUCCUGAUUUGAUCCGAUUGGUCAAUGCCUCCCUCCAAAAGAGUACUGUGAACACUACUGGAUCUCAACAAGAUGAUGGAACUAUGCUACCCAACGCUGCUGCUAUCGCUCCAACGCCCACUGAAACGGCUCGUGAACAACAACAACCUCCUCAACAACAUGCUGUCGCUUUUACCUCGUUACAUGUUCCUGCUCUUCCUGUUUUGCGUGAAUCUAGUGAUGAAGGAAAUGGUGAUGUAAUUACAAAUAUACAAUACGAAACUCCACCCGAAGCUGUUCAAGACAAGAUUUUAUUUAUCAUCAACAACGUAGCGAGGAACAAUCUGGAUAGUAAACUGACGGAACUGCAAGAACAUUUGGAAAAAUCAAGUUAUCAAUGGUUUAGUAACUAUUUGGUGGUCAAACGUGCUAGUAUAGAACCCAAUUACCAUGAUCUAUAUCUUUUACUACUGGACGCCAUCAAUAGUCGAUUACUACGUGAACAUGUUUUACGUGAAACUUAUGCCAAUAUUCAAAUUUUAUUGAACUCUGAAAAAACGGUAUCCUCUUCUUCUGAACGGAGCUUGCUCAAGAAUUUAGGCUCGUGGCUUGGUGGUAUGACUUUAGCUAGAAACAAACCCAUUAGACACAAGAACAUGGCAUUCAAGGAAUUACUGUUGGAAGGUUAUGAUAGUAACCGAUUGAUUGUUGUGAUUCCAUUUGUGUGCAAAGUUUUAGAACAAUGUAGCAACAGUAAAGUAUUCAAACCUCCAAAUCCUUGGGUGAUGGCCAUUUUGAAAUUAUUAGUAGAGCUAUAUCAAUUUGCCGAUCUAAAAUUGAAUCUCAAAUUUGAAAUUGAAGUAUUAUGCAAGAGUUUAUCUUUGGAAUUGAAAGACAUCGAAGCAACAUCUGUUUUAAAGGAUCGACGUCCUCGUGAUAGUACUGCACAGAGAAACACCAUUGUAGAUUCUUUGGCAAAAGGAGACGCAUCACUGAUGAUGGCAAAUGCUGGAAGAUCCGUAAUGAACAAUCAACUCGCACAAAGCGUUGGACUCGAUGGUGAUAUGGACGAAGGUCAAAUUGUAUUACCCAACCUAGCACCAUAUAUCAACUUUAAUCCUCAAGUGAUCCUUUAUUCAACACAACCUGCUGCCAAACGACUGGUAUUACAAGCUAUCAAUCGAUCUAUUCGUGAGAUCAUUGAACCUGUGGUGGACAGAUCUGUAGCUAUUGCAGCUGUUUCUACUCGUGAACUUGUGGCCAAAGAUUUUGCGAUGGAAUCUGAUGAAAACAAGAUGCGAAAGGCUGCUCAUUUGAUGGCUCAAAAUCUUGCUGGAAGCUUGGCAAUGGUGACAUGCAAAGAACCCUUACGAUUGACCUUGGUGACUAAUCUACGAAAUAUCUUUUUGGCUAAUGGUUUGGCAGAGAAUUUGGUGGAACAAGCAGUACAUCUUACAGUAUCUGACAAUCUCGACUUGGUAUGUGCAGUGAUUGAAAAGGCGGCCAUGGAAAAAGCAACAAUUGAAGUAGAUGAACAUCUGAUGACAGCAUUCGCCAAUCGCAAGAAACAUCGUGAUCAACGUACGGGACAACCUUAUUAUGAUGUGGAUAUAUUUUCAGCUUCAAGAUAUCCAGCUACACUUCCUGAACCUCUACGGGCUAAGCCAGAUGGAUUACAAGCUAAUCAAUUACGGAUUUAUGAAGAUUUUGCAAGAGUGUCACGAGCGGCGCCUCCUCUUGCUCCUCCUCAGAUGAACCCUGGAUUUGAUAUGAAUCGAAGUGGCCGUGGGGUUAACAACAUGGAUUCAACAAUUGGAUACGGGUAUAACGGCAAUAUGGGAUCUGUACCACAUGUCAAUGAUGGUGGCAACGUUGGAUUCGAUGGUGGUGUACCGGUUGUGAAUCAAGUUAGUGCACAUCAAAUAUUGGAAAGAUUCGCUCAAUAUAUCACUGAAUUGGAAAAGUUGGUUUCAUCUCCUCAAGCAGCUCAAUUUGCAAACUUUCAAUCCUUACCUCCUAUGCAUGAUAUCCGUGUGAUUAUUCGACAAGUACCUCUUCUUGCGUUAUCUAGUUUUGAUAAGGUAGAAGCUGCCCGCACAUUUGCUCAAAAGGUAGUCCAACUGUUAUACAAGAGUGAAACCCAAUUGGCGCGUGAAAUGUAUGUGGUACUGUUGGAACAAUUAUGUGAAGUAUCUCCCAGUGUAGGCUCUCUAGUGACUCAAUGGUUAACUCAUGCUGAUGAUGAACGCAAGUACAAUGUUCCCGUUACGGUGGCACUGAUCAAGGCUGGCCUUAUUAAUCUACUGGAACAAGAUCAAGAAUUAGCAAUCCUCAUUGACAGCGGGCGUACCAGUGCCAUUGAUUUUACAGCAAGAUUGAUUCGUGCAUGUCUCUUUACGGAUGAUGCUAUUCCUUUGGCUUCUCGACAAGAUUUUGCUUCUUCUUUGGAUGCUUUCAGUCGGUUACGAAGCAAUGUACCUGACAGUGUGAUUGUGCUCUUGGAAGAAAUGCGUCGACAUGCGGUGACCCAACAAGAAGUGAUGAAUGGUGUUGGCAGUAUGAACAAGGAUGGUCAAAGUAGUGAUGAUGUCAAUCUUCGUGAACAACUUCAAUUCUUAUUUGCGGAAUGGGUCCAUUUAGUUCAACAUCCCAAUACAACUGAAAAAGUACAACAAAACUUCAUUACUCAGCUAUCACAACAAAACAUAUUUGCAGUGGAUGAAAUGUCAUCCUUGUUCUACCGAGUAUGUGUGGAAGCGUCAAUUCAGCAUGCGAUCAAAUACAAGCAAAUGCCAACGGGUGGAAAUCCUCCUUCAGCAGCGGCAGCAGCGGCAGCAACAAUAGCUUAUCAACCUAUAGAUGCUUUUUCAAAACUUGUUGUAGGAUUGAUUCAGCAACAACAGCAACAACAAUCUCCCUCUGAUACAACAAGAAAUGGUGCAUCAUCACCAUCGGCCAAAUUAUCCCAAUUCAGCAAGGUUCUAUCUGUGAUUGUUCUUAUAUUGGCACAACAUCAUGAACAACGUCAUCAACAGUUUGACCAGCGACCAUUUUUACGAUUAUUCACAAGUUUAUUGUCUGAUCUCCAUGCAGAAGAACAACAACUCCAAGGAGUAUACACUCCAAUUUUGAUCACUUUGGGCAACACUUUACAUACUUUACAACCUACAUAUUUCCCUGGAUUCACUUUUGCUUGGUUACAAUUGGUAUCUCAUCGUCUGUUUAUGCCCAAGUUAUUGUUAGCCGAAAAUCAAAAGGGAUGGCCUACUUUUGAACGAUUAUUGAUUGGAUUGAUUCAAUUCUUGGUACCAUUUUUACGCAAUGUGGAAUUGAAAGAUACAACACGUAUGCUCUACCGUGGUACUUUGCGAGUAUUACUUGUACUUCUUCAUGACUUCCCUGAAUUCUUGUGUGAUUACCAUUACAGUUUUUGUGAUGUAGUACCAUCUUCCUGCAUCCAACUUCGCAAUCUCAUACUUAGUGCAUUCCCGCGAAAUAUGCGACUCCCUGAUCCAUUCACACCGAAUUUGAAAGUGGAUCUUCUACCAGAAAUCAAACAAUCUCCCCGUAUUCUAUCUGAUUAUGAAGCACCUUUGGAACAACAUCAUUUCAAAAAGGAAAUUCGUCGGUAUCUUUUGGAAAAUCAAGACAAGGCCUUCUUAUCGACUUUGGUGGACAAGUUGAAGAAGAAUAAUAGCAAAGAUGAUCGUAAUAGUGGUGAAGGCAAAUACAACGUAUCACUGAUCAAUUCUUUGGUAUUUUAUGUUGGCGUGACAAGUAUUACUCAAAACAUUCCAGGCAAUCAAGGUGCUGCUAUUGAAAUUUUCCAACAUUUAUUAGUUGAAUUGGAUUCUGAAGGUCGAUAUCUCUUCCUUAGUGCUAUUGCCAACCAAUUACGAUAUCCCAAUAGCCAUACCCACUACUUUAGCUGUGUAUUGUUAUAUUUAUUUGCGGAAAGCAACAAGGAAAUCAUCAAGGAACAAAUUACUAGGGUACUAUUGGAACGUUUGAUUGUGAAUCGACCUCAUCCUUGGGGACUACUGAUCACUUUUAUUGAACUCAUCAAGAAUCCAGGGUACAAUUUCUGGCAUCAUUCCUUCACUCGAUGUGCUACUGAUAUUGAACGACUUUUUGAAAGUGUAUCAAGAUCCAUCAAUCAAAUAUGAUGAACGUUAUUUUUUUUCUUUUUAACUUUAUCUAGUUCUCAUUUUUUAUAUUUUUAGUUGAUUAUUUUGUCCCCCCUUUUUUUUUUUUUUCU